AUGAUGGAAAAACAGAUCGAACAUGCGGUGACGCACAAAAAGCCCGUCCCGGAGAUUGAUUUCACCUUACACCGCAUGGAAGAUGGCACUCAAGUAUCGACAUUGGAACGAGUGUGCAAAGAGGUGCAGGCACCCGCGCUCACAACUCCCUCCGACGAAAGUUUCUGGUCACCGGAUGAUCCCAACAAACCCAACUUGCCAUUCUUGAAGCAACAUUUUUACAGAGAAGGUCGACUCACCGAAGAGCAAGCGCUAUGGAUUAUCAAGGCCGGCACUGAAAUUCUUCGCUCCGAGCCCAACCUCCUCGAGAUGGAUGCCCCGAUCACAGUAUGCGGUGACGUACACGGCCAAUAUUACGAUUUGAUGAAAUUGUUCGAGGUCGGCGGAGACCCUGCCGAGACUAGAUAUUUGUUUUUGGGAGAUUAUGUUGAUAGAGGUUACUUCAGUAUUGAGUGCGUGCUUUACCUAUGGUCACUCAAAAUCUGGUAUCCCAAUUCCCUUUGGCUGCUACGAGGAAAUCACGAAUGUCGCCAUUUGACAGACUACUUUACAUUUAAACUCGAGUGCAAACACAAAUAUUCGGAGAAGGUUUACGAUGCCUGCAUGGAGUCCUUUUGUUCACUACCCUUGGCCGCUGUCAUGAACAAGCAGUUUUUGUGUAUCCACGGUGGAUUGAGUCCGGAAUUGCAUACCCUUGAGGAUAUCAAAACUAUCGACCGUUUCAGAGAGCCUCCUACCCACGGAUUGAUGUGCGAUAUUCUUUGGGCCGACCCGCUGGAGGAGUUUGGACAGGAAAAGACCGGCGAAUAUUUUGUGCACAACAACGUUCGAGGAUGCUCGUAUUUCUUUUCGUAUCCGGCUGCAUGCGCGUUUCUUGAAAAGAACAACCUGCUUUCAAUCAUUCGCGCGCACGAAGCUCAAGAUGCUGGUUAUCGAAUGUACCGAAAGACUCGCACCACUGGCUUCCCAAGUGUGAUGACGAUCUUCAGCGCACCUAAUUAUUUGGAUGUCUACAAUAACAAGGCGGCUGUUCUCAAGUACGAGAACAAUGUGAUGAAUAUCCGUCAAUUCAACUGCACGCCCCAUCCUUACUGGCUUCCUAACUUCAUGGAUGUUUUCACCUGGUCGCUUCCUUUCGUGGGAGAGAAGAUUACAGAUAUGCUUAUUGCAAUUUUGAACACCUGCUCAAAAGAGGAACUCGAAGACGAUACGCCGUCAUCCGUUUCGCCCACUCUUCCUUCCUCUCCGCCAUCUGCUACCGACAAGGACGAUAGCGACUUUAAGCGACGUGCUAUCAAGAACAAGAUUCUGGCUAUUGGUCGUCUAUCCCGAGUCUUCCAGGUGUUGCGAGAGGAAUCCGAGCGAGUCACGGAACUCAAGACUGCAUCUGGCGGUCGUCUUCCUGCUGGAACACUCAUGUUGGGUGCCGAAGGUAUCAAGCAGGCGAUCCACAACUUCGAAGAUGCGCGCAAGGUUGACUUGCAGAAUGAGCGCCUACCCCCAUCGCAGGAAGAAGUUGCUCGUAGAAGUGAGGAGGAUCGCCGCAUUGCUCUUGAGCGGGCUCAACACGAGGCCGACAACGAUCCUGUGCUGAAUACCAUGGCCAGACGUAUCAGCGUUUCUGGCGGCUCGAGACGCCGAAGGGAAGCAACAAACCGCGGCGCUUCUAGUUAA